GUUAGUUCACAGAUUUAAUUUAGUGAUAGCUAGUUCUUCAUUGGAAUAUUAAGUGCUGGCGGUGUGUUCCGAUCAAGGACGUUUGUUGCUGGGACGAGAAGUAGGAGAUUCCAGUCUUGUGUAUGUUGUCAGACAAUGGAUGGUUGCCUAGAACGUGUACCGUUUGUUUCUCUAAUUGGAUUCAUUUUGGUCGUGUGUGGUUCGGGGAUCAUGUGUGGGACGAACUUCGAAGCUCUGAAACGUAUAGACGACUUUUUCGAAAACAGGUUUUACCCAGUCGACGAACCGAAAAUGUUUCAAACAUUGGGAAUAAUUGUGUGUGUUUUAACCAUGAUCUUUGGCAUCAUAAAUGUUAUCGUAGGAGCAGUCACAACGGGUGACACGCGCUCAAAAUUCUAUCCCAACAAACAUGGCAUUUUAUGCGGUCGUCGUUCUUCACGAUUUUUGUUGGGGUUGGCCUACUUGGCUACAUUGAUUUGGCUUCUUAUUUUUGUCAUUUUGUCUAUACCGGUCUUUCUUUGGGUAAUGGUACAUAUUGUAUGUAGAGAAGAAACAGAUUAUUGGCGUAGUAUUAGUACGAAUAAAGAUGAAAGAGAUUUCACGUAUACAUUUAAUCUCACACAUUAUGGCCUUUAUCGUAGACCACUAGAUACUAGUCUAUGGAGUGAAUACGUAAAUUCGCCCAGCGCAUUUACACAUUUAUGUCAACAGACCUCCACUAUUGGACCAUUAUUUGCAAGCGCUUUAAUUGCUUGUUUCUUGGUGAUUCUUGGUUUGAACACUUUCAUUGCCUGCCUAUCUACGGCUUCUGUGAGACUGCAGUAUUUCUAUGAAAUUGAUCGUUAUCGAAAAUUAGUCAACUCGUCACCUCAAACAGAUCCUACUUGCUUAGAAGAAUAUUCUCUCCAACCUUUGCUACAACAACCUCUGUCUAUGCAGUCUGCUGGUUCGUGUAUCAAAGCAAAUACUUUACACUUCCCUCACAAUAAUUUGAAUACUAUAUCGCCUUUCAUGAAUUCCACACCAACAGGCAUAGGUCUCAUUUCUAGUCCUAACAUCUUCAAUGAGACACAGAUGUCUCAGCAGUUUUACUCUCAUAGACCCAUAAGACACUCUACUUACUCACAUCAAUCAACUAUUCUGAGUAACAAUUAUUAAUUGAGAAAUUGCAUUUGUAAACCACCUCGUUUCACGCUUUUAUUUCGAAGCAUUAAUAUAAUCAAAAGCUUUUCGUUUAAUGCCAACUUGUCAAGUAUUCACAACUAUCCGGUCUAUGUAAUGCUUUGUUUAUUCAUAUAAUAUAUUCUCAGAAUUCCACUUUUAUAAUCCUCAGGUUUGAGUUGCAUUCCAUAUAUAUUUGUCCGUUUUAUAAGCUUUGUAUAUACUUAUUUAUAUUAGAUAGCUCAAUGUUCUUUUGUUAUUUUUGCUUGAAAAACACUUUUUUAAAAACUCAUUUCCCUUUGGGACGAAUCAUGAAACCUAUGUAACAUUUCUAAUCUCAUUAAAACAACCAGCAAUAUAUUCUCAUCUUGAGGUACAUCUUUUUCUCCCGUGCACCUUUUUUAUUAGUCACAUACAAAACCACCACCAUGAACUGUUAUUUCAUCAAUACCAAAUAUGUUGAUUUACAAUAAACAUUCAUUUAUCGUCAA